CGCUGCUGACGCACAACUCAAUCUUCAUCUGUAGUCGCAAUCUUCCCUUCGCUGCUGUGAGGUGCUCGGAAACUAGCAAUGAAAACACUCGCAUCCCUGCCUGAAGAAACCAUACGUCUCAUUGCGCACAUCUUCAUCACCAGUGAGCCCCAGCGCGGAUGGAAGGUAUGGGGCGAAGAACAGAACGCGUAUCGCUCGCUCUUCCCGCUUUCCGAGACCUGCAAGCGACUGCGCGAAAAUCUCAAGCCGCUCCUGUUCAGAACAAUCCACAACUGGAACGUAGAUGGGAAGAGGGUAUGGCCGAGAGCCAUCUGGCCGCAUGGGGUAGAGGUGAACCUCCGAGACCAUGCUGUGCGGGAUCUCAGAGUCCUACAACUCACUGACGAGGUCUACGCCGCGCUCUCCUACAUGCCUCUCUUGACAACAGUGAUUCUACGGUACAAUGCGUCGGUGCCCUCGGACGCGCUGCGAUGCGUCGGUGCUCUUUCAGGUCUGGCCUCCCUUGAGAUACACCAAGCGCGUCUCGACGGACCCAUGCCCUCGUCUCUCGACUUCCCGUCGCUGCAGAGGCUGCUCGUGUCCAUAUCCGGGUUCCGAGGCAUCGUGCGAGCGAGCGACAUCGACCGCGCAACCGAGCGGGCGCAUUGUGGAAAACUGCUGCGCUGUGUUUCAGCCAGAUUGUGUUUCCUCCACGUCUCGGGCGACCUGCUGCCCGACGACUUUGACGAUAUUCGAUGGCCACGCCUGCAGACUCUGAUCAUUUCUGAGCACACCCCCGCCAUGUACUUGCUCGUUCCCACGUUUACAGCCCGGAUGCCACAGCUUCGGACGCUGGAGCUUCUGUAUUCCGCUGACAUGGGCCGCACCUCGGACGAGCUUCGCCCGCCGUUUGUGUACGGUGAUUCCGCGGGCAACCCGUUGGCUCAGACACUGCCUCUCCUGACCUCCCUUUCCUUGUCAAAUCUCGCCGCGGAUGAUCCCAUCUUCUCGCAGCUCCCCCCGUCGCUCACUGCUCUUCAUUUUCACGCGAGGAGAGAUCCGUACUGCGGCUUGACUCGCGACUUUUGGGAUCGGGGGGAGACUGCACUUUCCAAUGCAGAGGCAAUUUUCGUCAUCGAGCGUGUACCACACCUCCAGGAUCUCGCGGAGCUCACUAUCGUGUUGCGCGAGUACCCGACAGCUGAACUUCUUGAAGUGAUUGCGUCUCGUUUUCCGCGAUUGACCUUCCUCGAGGCUUCUCAUAUGAAGUACCGCCUCGGUCGUGAAUGGCAAUACGAUGAGCCGCGGAUUGCAGGAGAUCCUGCUCAGCUUGCGGCGCUGGGUCGUUUGAGCCAUCUUCAUACCCUCAAGUUGUCACCCGACCUUUUCUGCAACCAGUUCCAUGAGAAAUUAUGUUGCCGGCUCCUCGCCAAUUGGAUUUUCACUGGCGUUCCGUGGCUCAAAGAGUUGCAACUGACGCAAGUUUACUCUGGUGUUUGGUUGCCCUACCAUAACCCCGACCCCGAUCGCUGGCACAAGUACCACCGUGAGCGUGUGGUCCGCUCUUCAUCCAAAAUGCCCCCACCACGUAUAAUCGAUGUUCCGUGAAUCCUAUGAUGACUUCGAUUGAGCUGCGCGCGUUCCGUUUUUUACUGGUCCGGCAUAUUCUGCCGGUUUUAUAUGGUCUACCAUUAUCGCAUGCAUGAAUUUUGAUACGUUGCUUCCAGUUGCACGCAUGGUUCCUAGACCAUCUCGAUAUUGUCCCUCACGAAGUAAGUAGAUGAGAGCUGGGUUGUAGAGCCCACAAGAAUGUGCUACCUUCUGCUCAUGAUUUGCUUACACCACAACAGCUCCUGAUUUAUGUAAUUUUCAGGGAAUAUCUAUGCAUUGCAAGUUUCUUACUAUUCUAGAAGCAACUAAACAGUGCCGGAGUGGGCGCUCCUGGAAUGGCUUAUUGAUCUCGGAUGUAUACAUGUGUGGCUGUCUGAUGGAGGAUCGCGUGCCUAUGCACGUGACCUUACACCAUCUGCCCUAUUUUUACUAGUGACGCCCUCGCUGCAGUUUCACAGGGAUCAUGGGGGGCUAGACUUUGGGAGC